ACGUCGCGACGGUCAGUGCGCGUUUUUGUCCUUUCCGCGUGCGAACGCGCGUCUCACAAGCGUUUUUUACACGCCGCGCAUCGCGUAGUUUAACUUUUAACUUGAAGAAAUCAACACGCACGCAUGAAAUGGCUUAUGUGAUCAAAUUGUUGUGCGUUUGUUUGUGUGUUAGUGCGGUGACGUGUCAGUUCGGUUUCUUCCCUCAAAGGGAAGAUCGCCGGUAUUCAACCCCCUUCCAAUAUGGACUCAACCUGCUCAACCCCAGAAGAAUCACAAAUAGACUCACAGGACUUCUCCAGGUGAUGCCCGAGAACGAAAAUACCAACCCUGCAUACGUAUACCCCUUCCGAAGCCCGGGGAUCUCCACUGAAAACCAAAACACAAACAGUUAUCCAUACCAGAAUGGCCAAAACUACAACCAAGGAAACUAUGGAUACCAAAACCAGUACCCAGGCUAUGGGUACAAUAACCAAGGGUAUAACCCAAAUUAUGGAUACAACCAAAAUGGUGGAAAUCCUGUAGUAUUCCCCACAUCUCCUCCAGAUGGCACUGCUGUUAAUUUUGUAAAUAAUAAUGGCGAAUACACGGAAUCGAAUCCUGACAUUAACAAUUCUGGUACAGCAGUAAACUUUGUGAACAAUAAUGACGGGCAGUACACUGAAUCUAAUCCUUCAAACUAUUAUCCUGGCCAAUUUAAAGAUCCUACAGGCAAUGGCAAUUACCAGAACAAUAACGGAGAUAACGAGCAAGAAGGAAAAGACAACGGGGAUAUAAACUUGCCAACAGGAGGGGCGGAGAGUAAUACACCAAAUGCAUCACCGGCUGAAAUUCCUAAUAUUCCACCUCCAGGAAUUCCAAUUGCUUCACCAGCUGAAAUUCCCAAUGUUCCACCUCCAGGAAUCCCAAGUUCCUCACCUGCUGAAAUUCCCACUGAUCCUCCAGCGGGGAUCCCAAAUAAUUCGCCUGCUGAAAUUCCUAAUGUCCCUCCACCUGGAAUCCCGAAUUCACCCGCUGAGAUUCCAAGCGUGCCACCUGCUGGAAUACCAAAUAAACCACCUGCUGAAAUUCCAAAUGUACCGCCAGCUGGAAUCCCGAAUGCCCUCUCAACGAAAGCUCCGGCAUCAUACACAGAACUGCCAGUUCUGACACCAGUUCCUGAUUCGGAGAAACGUAAUAACUUCAACUUUGGAUCGGCGGGAUUAUUCAAGGAGUCCUGCGAGACCGUAGACCAGCAGAUCGGCAGCUGCAUCUCCAUCCUGCAGUGCGCGCCGUACCUCCAGCUGCUUAAGGAGUCCAGGACCAACCCUCAGGCUGUCCAGGUGCUGAGGAAGUCCCAAUGCGGGUUCGAAGGCAAUUAUCCUAAGGUAUGCUGCCCCAGGCCUGGGAUCCCAGACGCGCCGCCCACUGCUCCACCAACCACCACCACCACCACCACAGCAGCUCCUCCAGUCUCCAACGAGCCCCCCAACGUCAACCCUGAGGACCUACUGGGGUCCUUCCCUGAGCCCCCUGUGUGUGGGUCCAGCAAUGCCACCUUCAGCCGAGUGGUGGGAGGAAUCCCUGCUAAACUUGGCGACUUCCCCUGGAUGGCUCUCCUGGGCUACAAGCGAGGAGUUAACACCCGGUGGCUGUGUGGCGGCUCGCUCAUCAGCUCGAAGCACGUCCUGACUGCCGCCCACUGCAUCCAUGGACACGAAAUUGAUCUGUACCUAGUAAGGCUAGGAGAGCUGGACAUCGAGAGGGAAGACGACGGCGCGACUCCAGUGGACGUGCUCCUGAAGUACAAGAUCAAGCACGAAGACUACAACCCGCAGGCCUUCACCAAUGACAUAGGGAUCUUGGUCAUGGACAGAGAUGUUGGCUUCACUGAUCUGAUCAAGCCCAUCUGCAUCCCCAAAGACAGCGAGCUGAGAGCGAGAAGCUUCGAGAACUACACCCCCAUCAUCGCCGGCUGGGGAGACACUGAGUUCCGUGGUCCAGCAGCGUCCCACCUCCAAGUAUUACAACUGCCGGUGGUCAGCAACGACUUCUGUGCGCAGGCCUACGUCAACUACAAGAACCAGCGCAUCGAUGAGCGGGUCCUCUGCGCCGGGUACAAGAAGGGAGGCAAGGACGCCUGCCAGGGGGACAGUGGGGGACCGCUGAUGCAGCCGAUUUGGAACAACCAAGACUACACGACGCACUUCUACCAGAUCGGCGUGGUGUCCUUUGGCCGCAAGUGCGCGGAGGCGGGCUUCCCUGGAGUCUACACGCGCGUCACACACUUCGUGCCCUGGCUCGAGCAGAAGAUCCUUGGCGCUUGAGGUAGCCGUGGCCUCGGCAGCGAUAUAGUGGUCUGGUCGUGAUGGGUCUGGUUUGGCUGGUUUCUGGUCUAGUCAUGACUUGAUUGACUGUCUAGUUAUGACUUGAUUUUCUGGUCGUGACUUGAAUGUCUAGUCAUGACUUGAUUGACUGUCUAGUUAUGAGUAGAUUGUCUGGUCGUGACUUGACAGUCUAGUUAUGACUUGACUGUUUGGGCGUGACUUGACUGUCUGAUCGUGACUUGACCGUCUGGUCGUGACUUGACCGUCUAGUUAUGAGUAGAUUGUCUGGUCAUGACUUGACCGUCUAGUAAUGACUUGAUUUUUUGGUCGUGAUUUGACCGUCUAUUUAUGAGUAGAUUGUCUGGUCAUGAUCAGAAAAUAAAGCAUAACUAGACAAUCAAGUCACGACCAGAAAAUCAACUCAUAACUAGACAGUCAAUCAAGUCAUGACUAGACGGUCAAGUGCGCGGAGGCUGGCUUCCCUGGAGUCUACACGCGCGUCACACACUUCGUGCCCUGGCUCGAGCAGAAGAUCCUCGGCGCUUGAGGUCGCCGUGGCCUCGGCAGCGAUAUCGUGGUCUGGUCGUGAUGGGUCUGGUUUGGCUGGUUAUCUGGUCGUGACUUGACCGUCUAGUCAUGACUUGAUUGACUGUCUAGUUAUGAGUUGAUUUUGUGGUCGUGACUUGAAUGUCUAGUCAUGACUUGAUUGACUGUCUAGUUAUGAGUUGAUUUUGUGGUCGUGACUUGAAUGUCUAGUCAUGACUUGAUUGACUGUCUAGUUAUGAGUUGAUUUUGUGGUCGUGAUUUGACCGUCUAGUUAUGAGUAGAUUGUCUGGUCAUGACCAGAAAAUAAAGCAUAACUAGACAGUCAAGUCACGACCAGAAAAUCAACUCAUAACUAGACAGUCAAUCAAGUCAUGACUAGACGGUCAAGUGCGCGGAGGCCGGCUUCCCUGGAGUCUACACGCGCGUCACACACUUCGUGCCCUGGCUCGAGCAGAAGAUCCUCGGCGCUUGAGGUCGCCGUGGCCUCGGCAGCGAUAUAGUGGUCUGGUCGUGACUUGACUGUCUACUUAUGAGUAACUAGAUUGACUGGUAGUGACUUGACCAUCCGGUCAUGACUUGACAAUCUAGUAAUGACUUUAUUAUCUGGUCGUGACUUGAUUGUCUGGUCAUUAUUUACUGCCUUGUUAUGGUUUUAUGGUCUUGUCAUGACUUGACAGUCUAGUCAUGGCUUGAUUGUAUGGUCGUGACUUGACCAUCUAGUCGUGACUUGACAGUCUAGUUAUAGCUUGACUGUCUAAUUAUGGCUUGAUUGUCUGGUCGUGACUUGACCAUCUGGUCAUGACUUGACAAUCUAGUAAUGACUUGAUUUUCUGGUCGUGACUUGACCGUCUAGUUAUGAGUAGAUUGUCUGGUCAUGACCAGAAAAUAAAGCAUAACUAGACAGUCAAGUCACGACCAGAAAAUCAACUCAUAACUAGACAGUCAAUCAAGUCAUGACUAGACGGUCAAGAGCGCGGAGGCCGGCUUCCCUGGAGUCUACACGCGCGUCACACACUUCGUGCCCUGGCUCGAGCAGAAGAUCCUCGGCGCUUGAGGUCGCCGUGGCCUCGGCAGCGAUAUAGUGGUCUGGUCGUGAUGGGUCUGGUUUGGCUGGUUAUCUGGUCGUGACUUGACUGUCUAGUUAUGUGGCUUUAUUGUCUGGUCGUGACUUGACAGUCUAGUUAUGACUUGACUGUUUGGUCGUGACUUGACUGUCUGAUCGUGACUUGACAGUCUAGUUAUAGCUUGACUGUCUAAUUAUGACUUGAUUGUCUGGUCGUGACUUGAAAAUAAAGCAUAACUAGACAGUCAAGUCACGACCAGAAAAUCAACUCAUAACUAGACAGUCAAUCAAGUCAUGACUAGACGGUCAAGUGCGCGGAGGCCGGCUUCCCUGGAGUCUACACGCGCGUCACACACUUCGUGCCCUGGCUCGAGCAGAAGAUCCUCGGCGCUUGAGGUCGCCGUGGCCUCGGCAGCGAUAUAGUGGUCUGGUCGUGACUUGACUGUCUACUUAUGAGUAACUAGAUUGACUGGUAGUGACUUGACCAUCUGGUCAUGACUUGACAAUCUAGUAAUGACUUGAUUUUCUGGUAGUGACUUGAAUGUCUAUAGUCUGGUCUGCGAGCACGUAGAAUUUUGUCCAAUGACCCCAAACUACCCAUCCUUAUCGCUCGCGCGUAAUUAUAUUGCUGUCGCGACUGUGCGACUGGCACCCGCAGUGAGUGUGCGAGCGCGAUAGCAACAUAAUUACGCGCGAGCGAUAAGGAUGGGUAGCUUGGGGUCAUUGGACAAAAUUCUAUGUGCUCA